UGAUGCACGCAUGCGCUGUGAGGCAUUGUGAGAAAAUGGCAGACGUCUCUUUGGAUGAAGUGAUACGACAGCGCGGUAUUAACCUCAAGGCACCAGCAAAACGACCCAUGUUUGGACGUGGUGCUGGAGGAGUUGGCAAGAGCUUUGACGCCCGCCAGAAGAUUGGAGCUAAUGAUGUCAGACAGCGGCUUGGAGGGGGAGCAGCAGUUUUUCAAGUGAAAGAUGCCAGAGAAAAGCUGGGUCAGAAAGAUGCUCGCUUUAAAAUCCGUGGCAGGGGAGGAGGUGCAGGAGGAGGUUCAGGAGCAGGAGGAGUGCAGGAUGCCCGUCAGAUGAUCAACUCACGCAAACAGGGGCAGAAUCAGUUCAGUGUCCCUGCACAUAUAACGCAACAGGUGGCAGUAACACAUCAUCUGCAGAGCCAGACACUUGUGCCUCAGAUACAGAUACACACCAACAACAAUCUUGCCAGUGUGAACACAAGGCAGUUUGGCCCCAAUGUUCCAGGAGGACUGAGUGUGAGGGGUAGCGUAACGCCACAGCUAAGCAAUAAUAAAAGAAUGAUGGAUGCUCGUGAUAGACUGAGCCUCAAGAGGAGCAUUGGAGGGACACAGGCCUCUGUUGCACCACCCCUAAAAAUAACUAAGACCAUCCAGCAACGUCCACUAGGAGCUGGGAUGUCUGCUGGAAUACGUGCAUCUUCACAGCCUCUCUCAAAUGAGCAUGAUGGCCCCCACAAUAAACAAAUAAAGAUCACUACGGCUAAUAAUAUGCUACAAUCACGGCCAGGUACAGUGGGCUCGGCAUUCUCCAUGUCAGCCCCAAUCACCAAGGUGGUUAAAAAUGAUGCCUACACAGCCCCACGUCCUCCUGUGCCUGUGGCUCCCACCCGCCCCAACACCAGCAUGGCUGCUACCCGGUCCUCAGCUGCAGCCCUACAACCAGUGUCCAGGACUCUCCAGCAAAGCCCAGCAGAAACCACCACAACAGCUCCUGCUCCCCCUCAGCCUACUUUCAGUCCUUUGGAGGGGACAAAGAUAACCGUAAACAACCUGCACCCCCGAGUCACUGAGGAAGACAUAGUUGAACUGUUCUGUGUGUGCGGUGCCUUGAAGCGAGCACGGCUGGUGAAGGUGGGCGUGGCCGAAGUGGUGUUUGUGCGUAAAGAGGAUGCCGUGAGCGCAUACAGGAAGUACAACAAUCGCUGCCUGGACGGUCAACCCAUGAAGUGUAACCUUCACAUUCAGGGAAAUGUCAUCACUUCUGAUCAGCCCAUUCUGUUGAGGCUCAGUGACACUCCAGGCAGCAGCACAAAGAAAGACGGUCUGCCGGCCUCUUUGACUCGUCCUUUCGGCCAACGAGCCUCCUCUCAGCCUACUCCAGAGGUUGACCCUCAGACCAUCCUCAAAGCUCUGUUCAAGUCCACCGCACAGUCCACCUCCACCACUGAGCCCCCCAGCUCACAGGCCACUGCCUUUCGCAUCAAGAUAUAGCUCAUGUCUAGUGUGAAAAGACGUCUGUUCAUAUACAUAUAACUGCAUUCUCAGUGUUUCAUCUUGACAGCAGGCCGCCCACAUUCUCUCAAUAUGAAACCGAUUUUUACACGUUUGAUAUUCAUGACUUCUCUGAACGGGGAAUCGUGGACACGCAAAAUCGUUGUUUUGGUUUUGUGAAAUCCAUUUGUUACCCGUUUGUUUCUGGGAUGGACUAGUGGAAGAAAGUGUGAUGUGAUUUGUUGUUUUAAUCCAAUGUGGUGGGGUAUGCCAAAUCAAACUGGAUGUGUAGGGAUUUUUUUUGUUUUUUAGUCAUUUGCAUACCAGCUCAUUUGAAUGUUUUUUUUAAAAUAUAUAUUCCAGUUAAUCUCCAGCCCCUCAUCUAAAAAAAAAAACAAAAAACGACAAUGUGCAGAAGCAAGACAACAAAAUCUAAUUGGCAGACACCGAGGAUCAUUGUCAUUGAGAGAUGUGUUAUGUUAAAGCCUUUGUACAUCCACACAGCCGUGUCAGUUAUAGUCUUCCUCUUGUCAGAUUUUCUGGAUGUGGACAGAACAUGAACGUAAAACGGAAUAAAGACCAAACAAAGAUAUUCGGGAGAAAAAAAAGUCACAGUACUCAAGAUACCACAUCUGUCUGAUUAGGCUAGACAAUGAAAGUUGUCUUUAGCAAAUCUUUGCUACAACUCUAACCAACAUCUACCUGAUACGAGGUGUUCCUAGCCUACAUGACUGAAACACUAUAAUACUAGAAAACCAGUUUUCAAACAGUCAAGUUGAUAUAUUUAGUUUGUUUUUUUACCAGCAGUGUAGCAUCCAGAUUCAUGUGUGCUCAGUUUGUGACUGGUUUUACUUGGUUGUCCAGUUUUGAAGCAGUAUAUGUUUUAAUUCCUCCUAGCACACAUUACACUUGAUUUGUUCAAAGACUGUAAAUUACUUUCUGUUGCUUUCUUGCUAUGUCAGUCAAGAGACUAGAGAGGUCAGAUAUGUCUGUGAAAUGUCGCCAUUAAAUAUUUAGCUUUGUA